AUGAAGCAGAAGAAGCCGGCGACGGCGGCGACUACCAGUACCAGGAGGAAGGCGGCUGGGGCAGCGCCCCCCGCACCCAAGAGGCGCGCGUCCGGUGGAGCGGGCGGAGGCAGGCCACGGAAGCGGGCACCCGAUCUCAUCAGCAACCUUCCCGAUGCCAUACUCGGCACCAUCAUUUCGCUCCUCCCCACCAAGGACGGCGCCCGCACGCAGGCCGUCGCCCGCCGGUGGCGGCCCCUCUGGCGCUCAGCGCCCCUUAACCUCGUCGCCGACUACUACCUCUGCGCCAGCAAGUUCAAGCGCUUACCCCUCGUCUCCAAGAUUCUCUCCGACCACCAUGGCCCCGCCCUCCGCUUCCGCUUCCCUUUCAUCCGUCUCCACAAAGCCAAGAAGAGGUACGCCGAGGAUGCCGCUCAGGUCGAGAGCUGGUUCCGUUCCAGGGCUCUCGCCAACCUUCAGGUGCUCCACAUCAGCUUCGAACUCUUGGACUAUGCGGCUCAGAAGCGUUUCCCACUGCCACCAUCGGUGCUUCUCUGCGCAUCGACCGUUGUUCUGGUCGGAAUCAGCUUCUGUGAUUUCCCCAAGGAGAUACCUCCUUCGCUGAGUUUUCCCUUGCUCAAGGAGCUCUACCUACGCUGCGUUUCCAUCUCCGAAGAUGUCUUCCAUGGGGUGCUCUCUUCUUGCCCUGUCUUGGAGUCACUGUAUCUACAGAGCACUGGGGAUGUGGGUUGCUUCCGCAUUAGCUCACCAACUCUUAGGAGCCUGGGCCUCUGCAAAUGUUUUUCAAUCCAAGGAGAACUGAUCAUCGAAGAUGCCCCUUGCCUUGAAAGGCUGAUACUACCUCAACCAGGCGAAGGCGGUGAUACUAUCCGGGUGAUCAGAGCACCUAAACUGCAAAUAUUGGGCCGUUUGUCAGGCCGCAUCUCGGAAAUUGAGAUUGCAAACCUAGUCUUAAAGAGUUUAACCCCAGCAAGCUUCAAUAACACGCUAAGCAGCGUGAAGAUUUUGGCUCUCGAGUUUUCUUCCCCUGAUUUGGAUGCUGUAAUAGAUGUCUUAAGGUGCUUCCCGUGCUUGGAAAAGCUGUAUGUCAUGUGUAUGGAAUUCUUAAAUAUACCUAUGAAGAAAAAUGCGCAUCAGUACAACCGACUAGAUCCAGUCGAAUGCCUCGAGACUCAUCUAAAAGAAUUGGUGUUCGAUGUUUAUGAGGGGGAUGAGCAAGCUGUUCACUUUGCCAAGUUCUUUAUAUUGAACGCGAAAGUGCUAAAGCAAAUCAAGUUUGGAGUCAGUGAGAAGAUCGGCAAGGAAUGUAUGGCUGAUCAAUACAAGCUGCUAGAAGUGGGAAAUAUGGCUUCUCCAGAUGCACAAUUGGAAUUCAUACAUAGUGGUGAUAACUCCUUGGAUGCCCACGAAUUGCAGAUCCCUUAAGCUGAUCUUGUUUAAAUGAGGUAGAUGCUCUUUCAGAAGAAUCGUACUAAUGGCAUGUUAGUUGUCUGGUCUAGAUCGGAAAUUAUUACCCUUUUCUUGUUCGGUAGACAUGGUUGAUGCUUGAAUAUUGUGCCCUGUCUUUGUCCUAAUCCUUGAAUUGGAUAUGGCUGCUCCACUUCCAGGCUAAUGUUCCUUUGUAAUGUCCAACAGGGUAUGUCAUGAAAAAUAGUUUACUGCCAAGAGUUGUAACUGGGAAAUAGUAAGCUGAGCACUAAACUCCUACCACACCGUCUCUUGUCUAAGAGGACUGUGUUGAAAGUUGCUUUGUUUCAGUCAGCAAUUUAUGCUUGUGUUGAAAAAUCAGUAUCUCUUUUUACACAAAAGUAUGCGACGUUUAAGUGCUAUUUUUUCAUUUGUAUGGAAAGUUGACCUGAUACUGUUAAUAUACGUAUUUGCAUUAUUUCUUUUAUAGUAUAUGUCAUGUUAGUGAUGAUCACAUAUCAUAUUUUUUGUCCUUUUCCCAUCUUACAUGAACGUCAAACUUGAAUAAACUGUAAUUACAGUGUGAACUCCCUUUGUAUAGUACAGUAAAUAUACAUUUCCCUAAUACAUUUAGAAAGUGCAUUGGUUUACUGCCAACUGUCAGGGUUUGUUCGUAUUAUGCAGAUCUUCUUCUCUUCCUAACAGGAGGCCAACAUAUGCUGGAACUAGACCAAGUUUAGUUGCAUGAUACUCUAGUCCUUUACCUCUGCAAUUUUCAUUUCAAUUUAUCAAACAUUAUUCAGCGGGUAAGUGUCGAUUUCAAGAAUUAGGACUCUUUGAAUCAUGCAAAUCAACAUGCUUUUGACGAUCAUAGAAGUGACAUAUCUUGCAAUUAAUCUUUGAUAAUUUUCACUGCAAACAUUUUGUGUUUCUUCGGAUUGAUGCACACUCUCAUGAGUUAGUGUCGCUACUCAGAAUUUCAGCUGCUAUGUCAUUGGCUGCCAAUUUUAGCUCUAAACUUUUUGUGUUUCUUCAGUAUUACUGGGAAGAAGAAGCAGUGGUCUCCAGGAUGCAGGAAAGGUCUCUCAUCAUCAGUUCAUGGGAAUCUAAAUAGGACAAGAAGUCAAGAACUAGGUUGUGCACCCAUCAUGCUAAAGAUCGAUAUCUAGGAGAAAUUCCCAUCAGUCAGUUGCACAAUUAGAUGACUCUAAUACCA